UCAGCUGAAUAGGGAAGUCGAUAUUCCCUUAGAAACGAUUUUACCAAGUCUCUAAUCGAACCCAAGCACUCAAGCAGCCAAGCAAGUGAAGUGGUUUAUUGAAGAUAUACUUUAUUAUAAAACUAACGGACGCCCGCGACUUUGUCCACGUGUAAUUAAGUUUAUCACAAAUAUCGCGGGAAUCAUGUGUUUUUCGGGUUACAAUGUAGCCCAAUAAGUUGCUGAAUAACCUCAUCUAUCUUCCAGUGAAAGUCCCGAUAAAUGCUAUCUAUCUAACACUGAAAGAAUUUUUCGAAUUGGACCAGUAGUCCUAAGAUGCGCUUAUCUUAGGACUACAAGCAAACAAACUCUUUAGCUUUAUAAUAUUAGUAGGUAGUAUUGAUUAGUGAAAACAUUAACAAAAAAUUAAACUCGAUUUAUUUAUGAGUAUUAAAUUCACCGUUAGAUUGUAAAAAAAAUAAGAGGGUGAUAGCCUUGUGGAUAUGACUCUAACUCUGCCUCCAAUUCCGGAGGGUAUGGGUUCGAAUCCGAUCCAGGGUAUGCACCUCCAACUUUUCAGUUGUGUGCAUUUAAAAAAAUUAAAUAGGUAUCACGUGUCUCAAACGGUGAAGGAAAAUAUCGUGAGGAAACCUGCAUACCAGAAAAUUCUCACGAAGUCUGCCAAUCCGUAUUGGGCCAGCGUGGUUGAAUAUUGGCCUAACCCCUCUCAUUCUGAGAGGAGACUCGAGCUCAGCAGUGAGUCGAAUAUGGGUUAGUUUAUUAUAUAGGUAAGUACCCAACUACCCUUUUUUCGAUGUACCCAACGAUCACUUACGAUAUAUAAACAAACAUCGAUUAUUAAAUAUCUGUAAAAGAAAUCGACUUCUGGUAGCCAUCACUAAAAUUAAAAAUACAAAUAAAUACAAUCAAAAUAAUAAAUAAUAUCUGUUGCUAUUUUGAUUUUUAAAUAGGUACUAUGUAUAAGUAUUAUCUUGAGAUACUAAUUAUAGAACAUUACAUAUAAAUUAUCUCUUUGUUCCGGCAGAUGUCAUUGUAUUAUUAUUUGCUGUGACUUACACGCGAUGUACCGGCAUGUUUUCAUCUCAAAAUGCUGUGUUUUGGUGUUGCUUAGCCUAUCAAUGGUGUGUGAGGGAGGACAAUAUGCCUUCGUUACGUGGUCUUUUGAUAAAGCCAUCGUCUCUAUGACCGACAAUUCUUCAGAUAUUCCCGACUUGCACAUCGCGCGGGCUACUUACAGCAACGAAAUCAAUAAGACCGGUUGGGCCUUCUUAGAGUUGCACACUGCAGCCAAUGCAAGCAAUGAGAAGCAGGCGUAUGCUGCUGGGUUCCUCGAGGGCUUUCUCACGAGGGAGCUCAUUUGGAUGCAUUGGCAGAAUGUUCUCAAAGGGUAUUGCUACAAUAAAACAGACGUGUGUGGUUUGAUUGAGGACUUCGUUGACAAGAAUGAGGAUUACAUUGCAUCCAUGAUUUCAAUCCACCCUUGUGAUCCAUAUUGGCACCAGAUGAAACUGUACUACAUUCAGCUGGAAGGGUUGGCCGUGGGCUACAACCAGGCGACCAACGACCCGUACGAAUGGCUUACUAUACGGGACUUCAUUUGGCUCAACAUGCUGGGCGAGCUGGACGAGCUGGCGUUCUCGCUGUCCAUGCCGCGCGAGACUCCGGAGGGGUUACUGUUCGGAGACCACUGCAGCGGACUGGUCAAACUGCUGCCCGACCUGACCAACCUCUACAUUGGUCACACCACGUGGAAUGGCUACCACACCAUGUUACGGUUCCAGAAGAAGUAUGUACUGAACUACAAACAGUCCCCUGCCACGGACGAUCUGAUCCCGGGCCGGAAGAUGUCCUUCUCAUCUUAUCCAGGGUUUAUCAUGUCCCUAGACGACUUCUACGUGAUGUCGUCGGGGCUGGUGGCGGGGGAGACCACGCUCACCGUCAGCAACCGCACGCUCUACGAGUACGUCAGACCGGUGGGACAGAUCUCGGAGUUCGCACGUUCCAUGGUAGCGAACCGUCUGGCGACCAAUGGCAAGGAGUGGGUAGACAUCUUCCGCAGAUACAACAGCGGGACGUACAAUAACCAAUGGUAUGUGGUGGAUUACAACAAGUUCAAGGCAAAGAAUGCCAAGUCCAGUGGCGCAGUCCUGCCCGGCCUGCUGUGGGUCGUGGAACAGUUGCCCGGGUACGUCGAGGCGGCCGAUCUAACAGAACAACUGAAGAGGACGAGUUACUUCCCGUCGUACAACAUACCGUACUUUCCGCGUAUCUUCAACCUGAGCGGCGGGAACGAGCGCGUCGCGACCUUUGGCGACUGGUUCGGCUACCACACCACUCCUAGAGCGAAGAUGUUCAAGCUCAAACAGGCCGGCAUCUGCAACAUCCGCGAGAUGUUCCGCACCAUGCGCUACAACGACUACAAGCGCGACCCGCUGGCGCGCUGCGCCUGCCGCCCGCCCUACAGCGCCGGCAACGGCAUCGCCUCGCGGGACGACCUCAACCCGCCCAACGGCACGUACCCGUUCCAAGCGCUGGGGCACCGCAACCACGGCUCCCUGGACUCCAAGGUGACGAGCGCCACGCUGAGGCGCUCCUACCAGUUCCUCGCCGUGUCCAGCCCCGCCCACAACAUCUCGAGAGGCAUUCCGCCUUUCCGAUGGAGUGAAUUCGACAUGGGCCCGCAUUUGUCUCACGUGGGUCACCCCGACCUGUGGAUGUUCGCACCCGUCCUACACCGCUGGGAGUGGGGGUGAUUUGUGUUAGGCUAGCCACAAACGGUCAAUUAUUCUCACAUUUCUGUAGCACCCACUCCUAUAAUUGAUAGUGUGUCACUGCGUACAUGACUUGUAUAGUAUGCCGCGUGGGUACUGCCGUUUGCUUUUCAGAAACGUGAGAAUAAUUGACCGUCAAUGGCGACCUUUAGCUUGUAUGAAGUUAUCUGUCUUGUGGUUAAGAUGGUAAAAACGUACUUUUAUGGUGGUUGUACUGAGAAGAACUUGUAUGCAAAUAUUACUUUUUCGAUAGUUGUGGUAGUUUUAUUAUUGAGAAGAAUGUUGUUUUGGAGUAUCUGUUUUUAAAUAAAAAUAUUCAAAACUCAUAUAGAGAUAGUUACUAGGACAACUAAGGUUUUGGGUGUUCAAAAUUUUUUGGAGAUUGGUUUGAUGAGGUCGGUUUUUAUUAAGUUCAAAUAUAUAUUCAGUUUGAUACAGCUAAAUUAAAUUAUAUAUUUUUUGGUUAAAGUGUCCAAUAGCAGGAAACUGGUAGGUAAAUGUUUUAAAAUGAAAAAUUUCAUCUUGGUCAGUUUUCAUUAUGGGUUUUCUAUAUCAAAGUCACGGGCUUCCGCUAUUAUGUUUGACUCAAUACGGAAUGUAUUGAUGCUGUAAGUUAUAUUAUUACCUAUUAUAUAAGAAGAGUCAAUUUUAUUGAUUAUUUUAUUGUAACAAAAUAUUGUUUGUUGAUUGUGACUGAAUCUCAGAAAAUACUCAUUAUUAUAUUUUUACAUUUAGAUUACUUUAUUUUUAAUGUUAGAUACCUUUGCACAUUAUAUCUUUUGCCUUUGUAUAGAAUAUUUAAUAGUUUUACUAAACAUACAUAUCAUGUGAAAUAUUCAAUAUAUUAUGUUUUUUGGAU